AUGCAAUCAUCACUUCGAUUUCUUGCAUUAGGCGAUUCUUUAACAGCCGGAUUUUAUAAUUAUGGUUUAUCGUAUCAUCCUUAUGCAAUUGAAUUAUUAAAUUUAUUUUCAUCAGUAAAUAUGCCAAUAAUUGUUGAUCAAAAAGGAAUACCUGGUGAAUGUGUUGUUCCAUCAAUGAUUAAUAGAAUUGAAAAUCUUUUUCGUGAAAAUUCUCCUCAUUAUGAUUGGAUUAUUGUUUUAGGUGGAACAAAUGAUUUAGCUUAUAAACAAUCAGCUGAAAAUAUAUUUAAUCAAGGUUUAAAACUAAUCUAUGAUAUGAUUCUUCAAAGAAAAACUUUAAAUACAAAAUUAUCAGUUAUGACUAUUAUGGAAAAUGGUUUUUAUACACCAGAGAGUAUUUAUGAUAAACAAAGACAAAUUUUGAAUGAUAUGAUUAGAAAUUAUGUUAAAAAUUAUCAUGAUCAAAGUCGAAUAUGUCUUAUUGAUAUUGAUAAAUAUAUUAAUUAUCAUUCUAUUAAAGAUAUUAAACAAAGAGAUAUUAUUUGGGAUGAUUUUGUUCAUUUAACACCAGAUGGAUACGAUCUUAUGGCUAAAAUUAUUUUUCAAGAAAUUUUUAAUAAAAUAAAUCAACAAUCAUGA